AUGUCGUCACCGAGCGCUGGGAAACGCCGUAUGGAUACGGACGUCAUUAAGCUCAUUGAAAGUAAGCAUGAGGUGACGAUUCUGGGUGGACUCAACGAGUUUUGUGUGAAAUUCUUCGGACCACCAGGAACUCCGUACGAAGGUGGAGUUUGGCGUGUUCGCGUCCACCUUCCGGACCAUUACCCAUUCAAGUCUCCAUCCAUCGGCUUCAUGAACAAAGUAUAUCAUCCUAAUAUUGAUGAGGUUUCCGGUACCGUCUGCCUUGAUGUCAUCAACCAGGCCUGGACAGCAUUAUAUGAUCUUUCCAACAUAUUUGAAUCAUUUCUGCCCCAAUUGCUGACUUACCCGAACCCCAUCGACCCGUUGAAUGGAGACGCAGCUGCCAUGUACCUACACAAGCCUGAGGAGUACAAGAAGAAAGUCUCAGAUUAUGUGCGAAGAUUCGCGACAGAGGAGGCGUUACUCGAAAAGGACGCAAUAACGGGAAUGGGAGCCACGUCCGCCUCCUCCGGCACGAAGCCGUCCAAUGGCGCCGCGAGCGACACGGAGAGCUCAAUGUCAGAGUUUAGUGACGACGAGGCGCACGAUAUGGAGUUAUAA